AUGAGAUGUUUCAAUUUGUAUAGUGCCGAAGAUGGACGGGAUCGAUUUUUUCUCUAUGCAAUGAUCAUUCUUCCAUUUAUUGCAUCGAGUUGCUAUGUAUUCGAUGCUUGGUAUCAUUAUAUUUACCAUCCAGAAUCACGUAACUACGAAGGACUCUUGUCCACUAUUGUUAUUGUCUUCAUCUAUCUUCAAUAUUGUGCGCCGAUCCGAUCUCGAUAUGCACUAGGAAUCUAUCAUAUUCUAUUAUGGAUAAUCACAGAAAUAGCUAAUCUUGGCUAUUUGAUUUUCUAUAUUCAAGAACGUGACACAUUUCGAAGUAUUAUCUAUUUCUCGUUUCUCAUUCUUCAUUCGUAUCUUACGGUUGGCCUUCUCUAUUGUCGAGUUCUGAACGAUUUCAAAUCGAAUAUUAUCGUUGAGAAUAAACAUUUAUUUCAUUUUAUUUCUCGUUUGGAAGUUAUUCUUACCAUAUACAUACCGAUCUAUAUGAAAAUCGAAUAUACAUCAUUAACACGAAAUACCAUUGCUUAUUUUCUUCUAUUCGAUUUUUUCUCAGAUUCUUAUCAUCGUUUUCAAGGUGUAUGGAUUAAAUCUGCACUGUAUUUAUUUGUGGCCACGGUUACGGCAGCAGUUGCAACUGAAUGGUUCUAUUUUAAUAAUAACGAUCAUAUCUACGAAGCUGCUUCUCUGGUUGCCGAAGUGAUUUCUGCUUUUCUUUGUAAUACAAUUAUUAUUCUACAAUUUUUUCCGUUUCAUUUUAAAACACAACAUAUUCAACAUAUCUUUCGAGAAGCAAUAAUUUCAAUGAAAAAUCAGCAUAACAACAAAACACAAGAACCGGAUGACUCCUCUAGCACUAAUAUGUCGAUGAUCUAUGAAGAAAAUCUUUAUAGAUACUAA